UCGAUCGCGGAAUGGGGGCCAAGCGGGUGGCGUCGGCGGCGGGGACGGCGGCGCUGGCCUACGUCGCGCUCUCGAGGCGGCAGCGGAGGCCGGGCGAAGAGGACGAGGGCAAGAAGGCGGAGGAGAGGUGGCCGGAGCGGGCGCCGGCGACCUGGAGGGAGGCCGCGGCGGUGACGGCGAGGACGGCGGGCUUCACGUACGCGGAGACGCUCGGCAAGUGGCCGCUCGGGGACAUCGCCUUCGGGAUCAGCCACCUCAUGCGCGUCCAGGGCAAUCGGCAGCACGAGUACACCGGCAGCAAUUGCGUGCCUCUGAAAGGCCCUGGAGUAAGGCAGGAGCUUAUUGGACUUCUUAGAUACCUCAGGCUCUGCAUGUUCUUCUCAAAGAAGCCAUAUGAAGUGUUUCUGGAGUUUGCUGGUUAUGGCCAGAGUGAUAUUCUCAUAAGGAAGUCAAAGUCAAAGCUUAUGAAGCCUGCAUUCACGGUUGUCCGCGAUGAAAGUACCAAAUGCUUCCUCCUUUUCAUUCGGGGUGCGACCAGCACUAAGGAUCGGCUGACAGCAGCAACUGCUGCAGAGGUUCCAUUCCAUCAUUCAGUGUUACAAGAUGGACGUAGAUCCAAUUUGGUGGCUGGACAUGCGCAUUGCGGAAUGGUUGCAGCGGCUCGUUGGAUCGCAGAUCAGGCCAUCCCGUGCCUCAGCAAAGCAGUGGAGCAAUUCCCAGACUACAGAAUUAAGAUCAUUGGGCAUUCCAUGGGAGCUGGUAUUGCGGCAAUCUUAACAUACAUGCUACGAGAGGACAAUAAGUUAUCAUCAUCCUCAUGUAUUGCCUUUGGACCAGCUGCUUGCAUGACCUGGGAUUUGGCUGAGUCGGGCAACAACUUCAUUACCACUGUUGUAAACAGAAAUGACCUGGUGCCAUCUUUUGGUAAAGCUUCAGCCUCCAUCCUUCGCACAGAGGUUAUGGCAUCGUCAUGGGCUCCAGACCUUCAAGAACAAUUCCAGCAAACAAGAAUCUUGGGAUUUGUAAAUAGCUCCUUGAAUUUCAUGCGAUCCCACAUUCCCUUCUUACCCAAUCCAGGGUCCAAGGAGGAGUUGAACCUUUCCUCAGAUGCACGUUCCGCUGUGCAGAAGCACUGGGCGCUGUCCUGCUGGUCAUCUGUUGCUGCAAAUAGGCAAACUCUGGAGUCCGGCACUCAGGGCAUGGGCAUUCCGGCACUGAUGUACACCUAUGCAGGAACUGACCAAAACACUGACAAGCCAACAACUGCAGGAGAACCAGCCUCAUACUCUCGUGAAGAACCUGAUCGCCCGAGGUCAGAUUUUGAGGAAACUAACCUCGAGCAGCUUCUGAAAUCGCUGCGAUCAUCGCCAGUCCCCUCUCAGCCUCACCAGUUGUACCCUCCUGGAAGGAUCAUGCACAUGGUUGUGUUGCCAUCACCAAACGAGCCCGGCACCGGCAAGCAGCGCGACCAGGAUGGGGUGGUUGCCAUCUAUCAGACGCCUCGUAGCAUGUAUGGCAAGAUCCGGUUGGCUAGAUCCAUGAUCAGAGACCAUUACAUGCCGAGGUACAUCGAGACAAUGGAGAUGCUGAUCGACAAGCUUGCAGAGGACGAUGGGGAUGACAGUGAAGGCCAGUUGGGUGAACUGAACCCAACAACCAAGGAAGAAGAUUGGUAAGAUGUAGGCAGCAUUGUUAGUGUAGGUCACGAGACACAGUUUAUGAUUUAAUGGUUUCAGAGUUGAACCCAGAUUAGUGGCAUAGUGUAGUGGUAGGAGACCAAAGGCCAAGCAGCCAUGCCCGCUGCCGCGGACGCGGGGAGCGUCGCACAGCAGCGGGAGAAGAUGGGUGCGAGGACUUGAGCGGUAAAUUGUAAAGUACCAGGGGUUAUAUGAAAAUAAUCGGAUCGCGA